UGGACUAAUGAAGGGGAAAAUGCAAAAAAUGAACUGUCACACGCCUUUGAUAACGUAUCAUUGCAUUAUCCAUCAAGAAGCUUUGUGUGGGAAGGUGCUGGGGAUGGAGGACAUUGUGACCACAGUCAUGAAAACAGUGAACUUCAUUCGGGCGCGUGGCCUGAAUCACCGUCAGUUCCAGCAGUUUUUGCUGGAGAUGGGCUCGGAACACGGGGAUGUGCUGUACCAUACAGAAGUGCGGUGGCUGAGUAGGAGCAAAGUCCUCAAGCGAUUUUUCGAGCUCAGGAAAGACAUUGCUCUUUUUAUGCAGAGUAAAGGAAAAUUAAUGUCUGAACUAUCAGAUCCAAAGUGGAUGUGUGACUUUGCUGUGUUGUGUGACAUAACCGACCAUCUCGCCCAGCUGAAUCAGAAGCUGCAGGGACGCAAACAAGUCAUCACGCAGAUGUCCGACACGAUCACGGCUUUCCAGCGUAAAUUGGACUUAUGGAUGUGGCAAGUGAAACAGGACAAUCUUGUUCACUUUCCUGUUUGUCAGAGCAUGUCAGCCUCAUUUCCCGAGACUUUUUCAUGUGCUCAGUUGGCUACCAAACUGAGCUGGUUAAAGACUGAGUUUGAUCGGCGCUUCUCUGACUUCAGAGCACAACAGUCUGGCUUUGACAUCUUUGCCAAUCCUUUCACCACCGAUGUCUGCACUGCACCCCAACACCUUCAGAUGGAGCUAAUUGAGCUUCAAAGCGACAGUGGCCUGAGAGCAAAGUUUCAGGAUGCUACAAUCCAGGACUUUUACCGUCUGCUGCCUCCUGGUUUGAUGCCACAGCUUCGACUUCAUGCUGCCCGUGUUCUGUCCAUGUUUGGGAGCACCUAUCUGUGCGAACAGUUUUUUUCCAUAAUGAAUCUGAACAAAAACAAGCACAGAUCACGCCUCACGGAUGACAACCUCCAUGCUGUUCUACGCAUUGCCUCAGCACAGGACCUAAAACCAGACAUUGACACACUGGUAACGGGAAAACGGUGUCAGACAUCUGGUCAGAAAACACACAGAACAUGAUCAAUCGAUAGUAGAGAGAGAAUCCACUUGGUGUGUUCAAGGACAGGCAGCAUCUCCUCAUCAAAGACUAACCGAAAAACUUGACCAAUAUAGUUGUGAACUGAGUCAACCUUUAUUUUGGUAUUUUUAGUUGAUUACAUAUUAUUUAUGUGUAGCUGCUGUAGUAAUUAUUUAAUGUU